AUGCUAGGAACGGAAAACACUACACUUUUGAGCAAAGGGCAACAUAACUGUUACACCAACGGACAAUUGCAGCAUCAAUCGAAAUCACACUCUCAUUAUGUCGAUGUUUUGGAGAAACCGCUAUAUAACGGUUACGCAUCCAUAUUCGCGGAAGAUGACUUCUCCGCUAGUCUCACACUGGAAGAACUAUUGCCCUUUAUCGAUGAUCCGUGGUGGCAAAAACUACGGCGCACACUCUUCUGCACAUUCUGCUUGGUGUUUUGGUUGAUUUUAUUUACUGGCUGUACGCUUGCCUACAUGGAACGCAAUAAGCGGUGCGGCAUCUCGAUCACGAGUGCAACAACACCAACUAGUACGAGUACGAUUGUAGCCGCAACUAUUCAGAGUAGUUAAAAGCAGGAAGUCAUUAUGGUUGGCUAAGUAAAGUGGAAUAAUUUCAAGUUUAGAAAGGAAGUGAGAUGCUUCCAGCUUAUGCUUUCUCGUUUUUAGUUUGAAAAGUGUUUGUCUGAGUGAAGUGUUUAUCUGAGAUAAAAUAUAAGAAGAAGG